GGCCGUGAUGUUCGGGCUCGGUGACACCGCUGGCCUGCUGCCUUACAUGGGCAAACCUCUCAACUGACUGGGACGGCUGGUAUUUCGGAGCGUGACGUCACCGCCUACAACUCUCCCACAAUUUGGAUCAAGAAGUUUCACUUUUUGGUGGGAUUGGAAAGCUCUGGAAUAUUUCCUAGAGAGCGAGAUCUCCACAUACAGUAAAGGGCAUCGCUCCAACAACCUUCCAGGAAUCUGUACAUCCAGAGAGGAGAAAAGGUGUCUGAUCCUGUAGUCCCCACCCUCGCUUAGAGUUAACAUUUGGAACCAUGUGGAACCCAGUGAACAGUAACGACCAGGCGGGACAAGUGGCUGCCAGGAUGGAGACCACUUUGGGGAAUGCGAGCAUCUCCAUCUCCCAGCAGCAGGCACCCAAGAAAUUUGCCCCUGUGGUCGCACCCAAGCCCAAGUUCAACCCUUACAAACCGCCGGGAGAGGCCACCCACCCUGACACUUCAGGUAACAACACAGGUAUAAGUGUCAUUACAAGCUGUUUUGGCAAUUUCCUCUGCUGUAUGACACAUAUGUGUGAUGUUUGCUCCCAGAUGAAAGCACCAGAGAAGACCCUGGCGGAGAGACGCUCCAGUCUGGACGCUGAGAUCGACUCCCUCACCAGCAUCCUGGAAGACCUGGAGAGCAGCUCGCCCUACAAGCCACGGAUCACACAGAACUCUGGAUCCUUGACAGCCCCCUCCCCCAACGCUCCAGUGACUGGUUACAGGCGUAUGGUCAUUCCAACGCAGCCACCUCUGACUGCCACCAAGAAGUCUACGCCCAAACCUCAGGCUCCUGGGGGAGUCUCGUCUGUCCCCCCUUCUUCUGCCAGCCCGGUGGCCAAGCCUCAAAGCCACACUGGGCCUCAGCCUGUCCCAGCCUCUUACGCUACAGCCUCGACCCCAAGUCAGCCCACCUUCAAUGUCCAGGUGAGGUCGGCCCAACCUGGCCCCCAGCAUCAAGCGCCAAUUGGGCAACAUUUCAGCCAGCAGCCCAUUCGCAGCCCUGCACAGGUGCAGUAUAUGCCUGCCCAGCCCAAAGGUCCUGACUUUGCCUAUGGACCACCACAGCCUGGCUUCUCCCAGAUGGCACAGGGUGCAUAUCAAGAACAGCACCGUCCAGGAGUACCUCAAGUAGGCGGCAUAAGCACCAGGAGACCUGAGCCGGCCCCUGCCCAAGCGUACCAACCUCCAGGCCCCAGAAAGACCUACAACACAGAUGUACCACCAAGCUUGGCUCCCUACACUGCUGGACCAGCUGUUCCACCAAAGGGCAGUGCUCCCGUGGCCCACCCUGAGGAUGAGCUGGAGCGCCUGACCAAGAAGAUGCUGUUUGACAUGGACAACCCCCCAUCUGAGGAAUAUUUUGGGCGCUGUGCCAGCUGUGGAGAGAACGUAGUGGGUGAAGGCACCGGCUGCACCGCCAUGGACCAGGUCUUCCAUGUUGACUGCUUCGUCUGCAUGACCUGCAGCAGCAAGCUGCGUGGCAAGCCUUUCUACGCUGUGGAGAAGAAAGCUUACUGUGAGCCUUGCUAUAUUAACACCCUUGAGACCUGCACCAUCUGCAGUAAGCCCAUCAUGGAGCGCAUCCUGCGAGCUACAGGGAAAGCCUACCACCCCCACUGCUUCACCUGCGUGGUGUGUCACCGCAGCCUGGACGGCAUCCCCUUCACCGUGGACGCUUCCAACCACAUCCACUGCAUCGAGGACUUUCACAAGAAGUUCGCCCCGCGCUGCUGUGUGUGUUCCGAGCCCAUAAUGCCAGCACCGGGCCAGGAGGAGACCGUCCGUAUCGUGGCCCUGGACCGCGACUUCCACGUGCAGUGUUACCGCUGUGAGGACUGUGGCUCUCUGCUCUCAGAGGGGGAUAACCAGGGCUGCUACCCUCUGGACGGACACGUCCUCUGCAAAAACUGUAACACCAGCCGCAUCCAGGACCUCACCGCCAAGGCCACCACCGACCUCUGAACCGCCUCUUGCUCGGUCACCUCCACUGUGAUAACCAACGCUCGCUCUCUCUCUUUCUGCCUCCCCCUCUAUCUUUCUCUCGCAAACAUACCAAUCACAGAAGCCUGUUUUCCUCAACGUAUAUGCAUAUAAAUAUCCCUCUAUAUAUCCACUUUUAACAAGAAAAAGCAUCACGUGUUCACCUGCACACAUGUAUCUAUUGACUCGGUACACUCACAGCAGAAGAGGCUGUGUGUUUCAUAACUGUGUUGUUUAAGGAAUAGUUGAAGAUUUUUGGGAAAUGUGCUGAUGAGAAGAUCGAAGCCACUUUCAUGUUAGUAUGCUGACUAUGAACUGCAGUGAGCAGGUGCUGGAAACAUCUGGUCUGGCUCUGUCCAAAGUUUUCAAAGAAAUCCACUUAGCUGUAUCCUAAAGCUCACCAGUUAACAUGCUGAAUCUCCGUUGCCGUUUCACAGGGGUUACGGGCGGCUUCUGGCCAAGAAGGAGUAAAUGAAAGCCACAACUUGUCACUUUGAAGCUUCUGUUUUUUACAGAUAAAAAA